UUUUAAUAAACAAUAGACAUCCCGACAUAUGUGUCUGGUAAGAUUGGCAUAGCCUCAGAGUGUAUAGUGCAUAACUGUGUGAAUAUAUUUCUUGUGGUCAGUGAUAUAGUACCUAAAAAAGUAAAAAGUAAAACUGUUUGUUAAUCUUUGAUACAACUUUCUGUUGUUAUAAUAUUAUUUACAAUAAUUCAUGCAAAUUUGACUUACUAAAAUGGCGUCUUCACAAGGAAAAUCUGGAAAACAUAAUGUACCUAAAGACACUCAAAUCAUUGUGUCGAUGAUGAAAGAUUUGGGAAUUGAUGAAUAUGACCAACAAGUUUUAAAUCAUCUUUUGGAGUUUAACUACAGGUACACAACUCAACUGUUGGACGAUGCUAAGACAUUUUCAAACUUUGCAAAAAAGAAGAAUGUUGAUGCCGAUGAUGUGAAAAUUGCCAUACAAUUGGCACAAGACGGAACAUUUUGUCGACCUCCUCCGAGCGAUGUAUUAAUGACGGCGGGUCUUGAAGUAAACAAUAUAUCAUUACCUCCACUAAGGCUUGCUAGUAAACUGCGAAUUCCUCAAGAUGGUUCAAAUUUCUUACAAACAAACUACAGGCUUAGGGAUAAUUUGGUAUAUUCUGGAGGAUAUAUGCGUAAGGACACUAGGACAACAGCUGCAGAAAUGUUGGAGGCAUCAAAACAAUUUGAAAUCAAAGAUAAACCCAUUCUGCAAGCCAGUCAAAUGAACAAUUCAAUGAAUUUUGAUUUGCCAAAAAUGAUUGAAAAUCGUCAAAGAAGUCAAGAAAGCAUAGCAGAAAAUGAUAAAAAUGAAGUUAUGGGUGUUCAGACAUAUCAAAACGAUUUAUAUUCUGAUAUCGCAUUAGACAAAAUUGCUGAAAAAUAAUUAAUGAUAUGUAAUUUCUCAUUGAUAACAUUAUAAAAAUUAAAAUCUAUAAAAUAGUAUCAUAGUCGUUCUCUUUUAUUCA